AUGGGUCGCGAUGUGCACGGAAAGAUGUCGAAGAUCAAUGUCGCCCUUAAAGACGGCCCUCAGAACUACAAGCAGCAUGUCGAGGACAGCAACCGAUUUCCCGGGAAUCAACUUUCCGCCGACUUCGCUACUGUUUAUAGCGACCACGGUCUUGACUACUUCGCAUGGAGCGCAACGUGUGCGAAUAUCGCUCCUAUCAUUCCUGUCGAUGCCAUCUCCGCUUCACAGUCCUUCCAACAGAUGUGGCAGACAGGGACGGCCCACAAAGUCCCGAACGUGUCCGACGCAGCGCUCUUCCGGAAGAACGCCGAGCUCGGCAAAGGUCUGCCCAACCGGCAACAUCAGCGGGCGUUCUUCCAGUUCAAGCAUGAGGGCACACACAACGACCCCUUCGACGACGCAGAAGAGGGAGAGGUGGAGGCCCUAGAAGAAAGGAUCAUGGUGUGGCCGGUGGAGAUGUGCCGUACGUACUCUGCUCACAAUAUCAAGGUGUAUCAGCGCAGAACUGGAGAGGAGGAAAGAGCGAUAGUGUAGGUACAUACAAGGACUCUCCGAAGGCACCAUAUAAUUUCUUGUACCUGCUAAUCGAC